UCACUAGUGACACUACAGCGCCCUCCUACCCGGAAACGAACCUUUACACAGUAAACACGUGUGUGAGGGAGGACGGAGAGCGAAGGAGUAGCAGUUAUACAGCCGUGUCAUGGGUAAGUCCAAGCAAGUUGGAAACCACAAAAGCGACAAAAAGAAGAACAUCGCAAAGACAUGGAAGACGAAGCGAAGGACGAAGGACCUUGAUCAGAUCCAUGUGGACAUGAUCCCCACAAACGCCGCCAAGCUGCUGAAACAGGACGUGGACUAUGACGUCGCAGGCUGCGCUCAGCACUACUGUCUGCACUGCGCGCGAUACUUCGUUGACCUGAAAACCUUGAAGGAGCAUUUCAAGACCAAAGUUCAUAAAAAAAGGUUGAAGCAGUUGAGAGAGGAGCCGUACACCCAGGCUGAGGCUGAGAGAGCAGCGGGAAUGGGCUCCUAUAUCCCACCGAAAAAGGUGGAGGUGCACACACAGCAAGUGGAGGAGGACAUGCAAUGAACGCCAUGCGGUGCUGGAGCAUAAACAUCACUGUUAAGACGGUGGCGCGUGCAUCACCUGCAAAGCUUUAAAUGAUGUUAAUGUGAUCUUAAUGCUGUCACGCAUUGAGAAACCUGAAUUGCUAUUUGGACUUGCCUGUUUUAACAGUUUUCGCUCAGUUUGACAUUAAUGGCGCGGUAGUCCAGGGUGUAUUGUAAUGAUUAUUGUCAUAAAAUUUCAGGCAAGCGUAAAGCUUGUCCUGCUCAAAAUGAGCAAAUGGUGAACAAUUACACCAACAAUUACAACGUUUUCAGUGAGGCACGGUACUGCACUUUUUACCAUUUCCCUGCUACAACCAGUUCAACUACUUAUCAGGCCCUUUGGGGGUUGAUAACUAUGCAGAAAACACUCUCAGAUCCUAACACUGCUGGUACAGUCAGCCUGGUGUAGUUUAGUCUCCAAUCAAAUCCCACAGCGAUAAACUGACAAACUGUUGGUUUGUUUUGUUUGUUUGGAUUUGCUUAUUUUUGGAAUCUGAAUGCAAGUGUCUUGUAUUUGCAUUCAUGUGUAAAUAAAAAAUAAAAAAAUUGUGAAUUCACAAUUUGUUUAAAAGAGA